CAGAAACGAACGAAAACGAAAGUAACCGCAAGUCUGAGACCUGAAGGAACUGGAUUUUUCGGGGUGUAUUUAUUCAGAAAAUAUUCUCAAAAAUGGGGAUUACCUUGUGUUUGAUUCUCCUGAUUCUCCACAGCUUUAUGGAAUCUCAGUCCGAGAAAUUACAGGUAGUUGGUCCAGACGCUCCUCUUGUUGCUGUAGCUGGUGAAGAUUUGGUUCUGCCCUGUUUUAUCAAACCCACCACCAGUGCCGUGAACAUGACAGUGGAAUGGUUGAGACUGAAUGAAGUGGCUUCUUUAGUGCAUCACUAUAAGGACCAUAAAGACAGAUAUGAAGAUCAGGUUCAGUCCUACAGAGGAAGAACCUCACUGUUUGAAAAGGAGCUACAGAAAGGCAAUGUUUCUCUUAAACUUUCAGCUCUCAGAGUCUCUGAUGAAGGAGCAUAUAAAUGUCUUAUUGAUGCAACAUCCUGGUAUGAUGACAUCACUGUUCACAUCAUUGUCGAGGCUCUGGGAAGCCCGCCGGUGAUCAUGAUGGAGAGUUAUGAUAACUCAGGAGGGAUUAAUUUAGUGUGUGAGUCCAGAGGCUGGAAACCUGAACCUGAAGUUCUGUGGCUGGACAGAGAAGGAGCCACUCUGCCUGCUAAAGAAACAUUAAUAUACAGAGACAGUGAGGGCUUCAGUGUGAAAAGGUGCAUCACUGUUCAUGAUUAUAGCGUCUCCAACAGAUUCUACUGCAGACUUCAGCAAAAGAAUCACAUGGUGGAGACAAUGAUUAUUAUUAAUAGUAAAGUCUUUGCUGUUUGGAUGUGGAUUGUUGUGGCUUCAGUUUCAGCAUGUCUUAUUGCUGUUGCAUUGAUAGUAACUGCAGUUAUCUGUUACAAGAAAGCCUCACAGCUUCAAAAGGUGAAAAAAUACAAAGAGUUUAUAAAGAAGAAGUUGUUUACAGUGGAUGUGACUCUGGAUCCUGAUACUGCAAAUCCAUAUCUCAUCCUGUCUGCUGAUGGAAAACAAGUGGCAGAUGGAGACAAGUGGCAGAAUCUCCCUGAUACACCACAGAGGGAAUGUAUUAAGGGAAUGGUGGUUCCGCUAGACCAAUAGAGGGCCCUGGGCAAGUGCAGUGUGUUGCAAGGCGUCUGCUGGGCUGCAGGUCAUAACCCAGCAAGACUUGAUCUGAUCACGUUUUUGUCCUGUGUUUAUUCCACUAUUCCACAUUUUAGUUGACUGUUUAAUGUAUCAAUCUGUAUGAAUGUUGAUAGAACAUAUGUCAGUGCAUAUCAGUCAGUGCAUCGAUUUGUUUCGAUGAAGUGUUGUAUGUUUAAUUAAAAUCACGUUGUUAACCUGCGAUUGGAGAUGUAUGCCCUGUGAUAUGUGAUAAUGGUUAACGAAUGUGAAUAUGCUUGAAUGUGUUUGUAUAUCAGUUCCUUUAAUGUUAAGUUUACUUUAAAAUUGCAUGUGAGUGAUCUAAAAUUGGUAAAACAUUUAGAGAAUGUAAUGAUUUUGAAUUUAAUAUAGACUUAGAGAUGCUAAAUAGCAUAUGAAUAUGCAAAUGAGUAACACAGCGAUUGGCUGUUGAACAGAUCAUGAAAAUACUAUGCAUUCACAAGAAAGAGACUAAAACAGUGGACAUUUGCAUAAAGAAGCAAUUUAUUGUUACUUAAUGCAUGUUUUGAUCUUUGAAAUUGUCCUGAUUUUGGAAAAUACACAUAACCCAGUAAGACAAGUGCUGAUCACACACACGUUUUUGUUCUGUCUUUAUUCCACCAUUACUGAGAUUUCUUAAUUUCCAGCUAAAACGGAAGUCCCGUACCCGCUGCAUAUACUGUAAAAAGAUAUAACAUAAAACUGGCAAAGAGGAUUACUUGAUGUAGUAAAAUUAAUUGAUGUAGUAAGCUUGAGGAAAAAUACCUGAAACAUGGCUGUUUCCAUCAGUCAAAUGGAUGCCUUUGAUGAAUCAGAGGAACAGUGGACCACAUAUAUGAAAAUAUUUUAACAGUUUUUUUGCCACAAAUGUAUAAGACAGGUGCAAAGUCAUACGAUCACAAUGCAAGUGUUUUAAAAGCACAUUUCUCUGUAACCUAUUGUGCUCUCGGAAAGAUUCUGGUUUCAUAAUCUUGUAAUCCACAAGAGGCUGAAAAAGUAGAAAAAUAUGUUCUAAAAAAGCUUACCGAGCACUGCGAUUUUAUGACACAUUUACAGGACUCAUUAGGAGACCAAUUUGUGUGGACUGAAAAUAUAGAAAAAUAACUGACUGAUUAACCUGAAAUAUUUAACACCUUGUAUUGUAUUGUAUGGGAUGUGUGGGCUUGUAUGUCUUGUUUGUGCAGGUGCUGUUCCAUACUCCAGUACGGGCCUUUCUGUUUUCCAGCUUAGUGAAGCCGGGCUUACCUCCCGUAGAUGACAAAACACUGAAGCAACUGUAUAAAGUCGGAAAUCUGUACAUCAUAGUGUGUUUGUUGUGUUCACCGGUAGUAGAGGUGUGGCAGCCAUUUGUGUUGGGUGUAGGUUUUUCACUGUUUCUGGUGAAGGAGGUCAGAGAGGUUUAUUUCUUUUUGUGUUAAUUUUUUUUUUGGAGGUAAUUUAGAUUUUGUAAAAAAGAAUGUUUCUUUGUUAUUUUGGCCUCGGUCCACCCUGAAGCUUACCGCAGUGUUCUUCUCUACAUGUUUCAAUGUAACUCACAUUUUAAGAUAUCACAGUGUGUGCUCCUUCAUGUAUCUAUCAGUAUACUAUAUACACAUAUCCAUCCUACAUCCACCAAUGCCUUUAAUCAUGCUGAGAGGCCCUAGACUGGGUCAUAACAGUUUACUUGGUGGUGCAAUAUCUGGCACAAUUUCCUCUCAUGUCAGGGUGUGUAAAGGUGUGCAUGUGACUUUUUGUUUCUUCCUCCUUUGAGCCAGAAAGCUCUCCAUAUACAUAUUUCCUU